AUGGGUUGUGGAAGUUCUGAUGUUAGAGACAAUAGUAAUUCUAAUGAAAAUACAUCUAAAGGAGAAAGUAAGUUUAAGAAGGAACAUGAAUCAAAAUAAAACGACCAUAAUCAAGUGGAUGGAUAUUUCAGAGAAGAAAAAUAAAAAUAAGAAAAGAUGCUCACAUUACCAAGGGAGGAUAGACACUUUAAAGAGGAUGGGCAUAAUUUGGAUCAAAAUAAAGAAAAGAAAUAAUCUAAUAAACCAACGAAAGCUGCCUUUUGA